UUGUUUCCAAGCCAACGAUUAACAAGGCUUGUUGCCUUCCCAGGCCUACUACCAAAUUUUCCAUAAUUUUGUGCAGCCAUAAUCUGGUACAAUCCAUGGCAUCCACAUCCAUAACCAUGCCCACCUCUCCAACUUCUACGGCAACAAAAGAUGUUUUCAAAGAACGUAGCGGUCUUUGCCGAUCACAUUCUGGCAUAAAUCUUUACAAGAAAGCUGGCAUCCGGAGGUCUUACUCAGAUAACGACCUUUGUUACUCUGUCAACCGCAUUCGUUGUGAAUCAUCAAAACCAAACCUGAAGAACAAUCUGUCUGUUGGGAUCUUCUCGUUGCAGAUAUCUAGCUCUAUAAUUCCAGACUCGCUCAAAUCAUUUCUGUAUCAUCCAGAGCUGAAUAAGGAUUUGAGUAUAGCUGACAAGGAUGUGAAUUUUGAUGAGAAUCCUGCGGAAAAUGAUGAAGAAGUGAACGAAAUUAAAAUAGCAAACUGGGUGGAUAUGUUGUUAGAGAUUCAAAGUCUCUGGAAGCUUAGACAGCAAGAAGAGAGUGUAGAUGGAGCUGAGAUUUGUGAUAGUGAGAAUGCGGUUUGGGAUUGUGAUGAUAAUGGAGAUGAGAUUGGUUGUGUUGUAAAUUAUGACUCAGAAGGAGGAGGAAGCAAAGAGAUAUAUGAUCGUGAAUCCUUCUCGAAAUUAUUGGUCCAGGGACCGUGGUCUGAUACCAAGCUUUUCUCUCAGCUGGCCUUCUUAUGCAACAUGGCUUAUGUGAUACCAGAGCUCAAGUUAGUGCAUUUCCAAACAGAGAUUGAUCAGAUCAGAAUUGAGAGCAAAUGGGGAAAAGUUCUCAAAGCCUAGGCUCUUAAUUCUGGUUUUUGGCUGGGCGUGAACUCCUUUGCCCAAUUCUAUUUUUCCUUUUCAGUUGCUAGGUCUACAAGAAACUUCUAAAUUUUAG